AUGAUCGAUGCAAAUGAUAAUAUUUUAUACUGUAUGUGUACGGCAAAAUUAGAUGGUGAAGCAAAACGUUGGUACGAAGAUAACAUAUCAUUAAUUCAAUGGGAACAAUUAAAAUCGUCAUUAUUAGAAAGAUUUACAACAUCGGAUUCAUCAUCGAAAAUAUUUGAACAAUUAAAAGAACGAAAACAAAAAUUAAAUGAAAAGAUUACAUCGUAUCAUGAUGCAGUUAUUAAAUUAUGCCGAGAAUAUGAUUCAUCCAUGUCACAGAAAAUGAUGAUAUCAUGGUUACAGAAUGGAAUUAAAGAUUCAUUAAAAACACAAAUUAAACGACAAAUGAAAUUAUUACCUGAAUCAGCACGAACAACUCAAGCAUUCUUAAAAAUUGCAAAGGAUGAACAGGAAUUACAGGAAGAAGAUUCAUCCGAACAAGAACCACAUAAUUUGCCAACUAAUUAUUCACAACGGAAUCAAGAAGCAAUUGUUAAAUCUUAUUCAUUUACACAACAUGAUUCUCAGCGUCGUUCAUGUUCUGUAUGUCAACGUAUUAAUCAUCGAACAAUUGAUUGUUAUUAUAAAAAACCAUAUGGAUGUUAUAAAUGUGGACAGUCAGAUCAUCAUAUACGUGAUUGUUCACAGGGUUUUGUACUAACUGGAACCUGUGAUGGUGGUCAUUCCAGUAAUAAACAACAAAAUCCAUCAACAACUAAUUAUGCAUCAUCAACAUUACGAACUCCUAUUUAUAUAAAUGUUCAAGUAAAUAAUAAACAACAUCCAGCCAUUGUCGAUACUGGAUCUGCAGUCACCAUUAUUAAUCAACAAUUAUUAAAAAAGAUUUAUCACACGGAAUUCGUUUACAAGAAGAAAUUACACAAAUCAGCUAAUUGUACGCCUAUUAAUAUUAUUGGUGAAAUUCAACUUGAAGUUAAAAUACAAGGACAUAAAACUUUAAUUAUAGCGGAUGUUGCGACGAAUCUUAUUACUGAUCUAUUACUUGGAAGCGACUGGAUUAUACAAAACAAUGUUAUUAUUGAUUCAUUACAACGGCAUAUUACUCUUAUUGAUAAGAACCGCCGCGAAUUAGCAACAGCUCCAUUCGUUCAACCUUCAAAUCUUCAAUUUAGCGCAACUAAUCGUCAACGAAAACUAUCAAAGAAUACUCAACUCGGACAUAUUUCAUAUCAGACUGAAUUAAAUAAUCAUCUUAUUUUACCGGUGUUAUCAGAAGAUGCAAAUUAUCAACCAACACGUUUUAAAUCAUUUAUUUAUAAGAGGAACAGCACUCGCAAGAGUGGUUUCUGUGAUUCGUUACUUCGUGAAAAGAGGAAGGUCCGAUUUACGGACUUUACCUGUGAAACAGAACGCCGUGAAGAACAACAACAUCACUGUUAUGUUUGCCAAGAACAACUUUUAUCACGUAAUAAUUUACAACAGCAUUUGCAUCAGAAAUGUUAUCCAUCAGAAGCAUCAUUAGAAAAUGAUACUAUAAAUAUUUUAGAUGAACAAACAUUGAAUUAUAAUGACAGAGAAGGGGCUCAUGUACGAGAUGAACUUUCAAAUGAAAUUGAAAACAUGUCUGAUGAUGACAUUCAACAAGAUACAAUGAACAAUCAACAUCAACAAUGUAUAAAUCAUAAACCAUUAACAAGAAGUCAACGUCAAAACCGCAAACAUCGAGCUAAAAGAUAUCGAUAUGAAAUCAUUCGAAAAAUUUAUCAUAAAUUUACCAUUACAGAUAUUAAAAAAAUUUUAAUAUUUAUGAAUAUUCCUUACGUGAACAUCAAUGUCGUCGGAAGCACGUUAUUCUUGGGUAUAAAGAACGCGCAAAUACAAAACAACGUUGACCAAACAUUACACAAUGGCAUCUUCACGGAAAAACACUAUUAUAAUAUGCGCAAGAAAUUACGUCCAGAUAAAUAA